GAAAUAGGGUGAGCUGGAAUAGCGGGUCACUCUCAGUUGAAGGAUGGAGUGAGAGCGGGUGUGUUCUUUCCUUCGCCUGGACUGUGAGGGUCUGUGAGUCUCUGGACACCUAUAACGCGCAUCUCACGCAGCAUUUCUGUCUCCGCGCAGGAACACGACAGGCUGACGCUGAUGGGCUUCUUGGGCGUUUGGGCUUUGUCCGUCCUGCUCGGAUCUUCCCUAUGGCUGGCUUAUGGAGUCCGAGCCAGUGCUGGAUCUGGAGCUACAGUAAAGGAGCUUCAGGAGGGACUUCAGCAAUAUGGAGGAGCUGAAAAUAAAGUCAAGCAAAAUGGGGGUCCGUGCAGGAGGGCAUACUGUGGCCGGGGUCGGGAGUGUGUGGUCAGGGAAGAAACGGGCCGUGCCGAGUGUGUGUGCCAGGAAAGCUGCCACACUUCGUUUGUGCCCGUGUGUGGCUCUGACGGACGUUUUUAUGAAAACCACUGCAAGCUUUACCGCACUGCUUGCCUGCAGCGGAGGAGAAUCUAUGUGGUCCACAGCAAAGACUGCCUUUUCAAAGGAGACACGUGCACCAUGGCGGAGUACAACAAGCUGAAGAGCAUGCUGCUGGACAUGCAGCCCAGGACCUCCAUAGACGAGCAAGCAAACGCCAUGGACCAGAGGAGGAUCCUAGUGGACACAAUGUUCAAGUAUAUAGACAGAAACCAGGACGGCCGUCUGAGCAGUGAGGAGCUGGCAGAGAUCUCCAUAAAGGAGCAUUUAGAAAAUAUCUUAUUGGAGUGCACCAUGCAAGACCUCCUGCGUUACGACGAUUACAACAACGAUGGUCACCUGACCCUUCAGGAGCUCUACACAGCCUUCCAGGUCGUUCAGCUCAGUCUAGCUGAUGACAAGCGUCUGAGCAUCACAACAGUGACCGUAGGCCUGAGCGCCGUGAUGUCCUGCGCCAUUCAGGGCACCCUGAGACCACCCAUCAUCUGGAAGAGAAACGGCAUCAUCCUCAACUUCCUGGAUCUGGAGGAUAUAAAUGACUUUGGCGAUGACGGCUCGCUCUACAUUACUAAGGUGACUACGAUUCACAUGGGGAACUACAGCUGUCACGCAUACGGCUAUGAGGAGCUGUCCCAGACCCACGUGCUCCAGGUGAAUGUGCCUCCAGUAAUCCUGGUGUAUCCGGAGACUCAGGCCCAGGAACCCGGCGUCGCUGCCAGCCUGCGCUGUCAUGCAGAUGGUAUUCCAAACCCCAAACUCACCUGGCUAAAGAACGGCCUGGACCUGCAGCCGCACGGAUCCAAGCAGAUUUCACUUCUCGCUAAUGGCAGUGAGCUUCACAUCGGUAGUGUGCGUUAUGAAGACACUGGUGCUUAUACCUGCAUCGCUAGAAACGAGGUUGGCGUGGAUGAAGACAUCUCAUCUCUGUUUGUGGAAGACUCGGCACGAAAGACACGGCUCAGUGUGGGGAACAUGUUCUACGUGUUCUCCAGUGAAGGGAUCACCGUACUGCAGCCCGGCAACUGUGAGAUUCGCAGACGCAUCCCGCGGACAGAGAGGAUUCUGGGUAGUUAUGAAGAACUGUGUCCCAGCAGCACGGGCGUCUCUUCACAGGAGUGUGUAUGGGCAUCUGCGGUCAGCGUGAGGGACAAGUACGUGUACGUGUCUCAGCCACAUCAGAACAGACUGCUGCUGAUCGACACACAGGCGCAGAGAGUCGUGCAGGCUGUGGAAACGGACGCCAUGCCCGUCAAACUCUUCUACGACAAAUCUCACGAUCAGCUGUGGCUGUUGAGCUGGAGAGACCUGCUGAAGUCUCGCUCUACACUGCAGGUGAUCACUUCUGCCAGCACGGUGGAGCAGCGUCAGAUCAUCCGUACUCCAUUUGAAGGAGUGGAGGACUUCUACAUCCCUCCCACCAACCUCAUUAUCACCCACGUAAGGUUUGGCUUUGUCUACUUAAAAUCGGAGCCCGCGGUGCAUAAAAUUGACCUUGAGACCCUCCGUCUCGUCAAGACCAUCAGUCUGAAGAACUACAGCUGUAUCCCAGCCAGCAUGGCCUACACUCAUUUAAGCGGCUACUAUUUCAUCGAGUGCCAAGUCGAGGACCGUUCGGCCCCGAGCUCACAGCUUCUCAUCGACAGCGUAAGCGACGCGGUCAUUGGACCCAAUCCCAACAUCAACGGCCAACCGUUCAUCUCUCCAGAUGGCCGCUUCGUCGUCUCCGUGGACAAGCGACACGGAAAGCUCCAAGUCCAGACCAUCUCCUUCAGCGGCGAGUUGCGGACCGGCCACGAAGCGGACGUCUCGAUUCCCCUCGCAGACUUGGAGUUUCAGCCGUCCUUCACGGAGGCCAACAAGUACAUGAUCGUGGCCUCUUCGGCGCAGGGCUCCAAGCUGGUUUUCUCGGACCUGGCUUCAGGAAGAACGAAAGCCCUCGAGGAUGUCAAGGAUCCUAUUCCAGCCAGCAGCUGGCCUUGGGGAGACGCCAACAGGGUGGUGGUCUCCAGCGGGGUGUUCGGACGCUACUUGGUCACGUCGUCGGCCGAGUCCCUGUUCGUUCUGGACGGCAAACAGAGCGGCCCUCACUGUGAGGUGUCAGACGUCAAGAGAGGGAACACAGUGGUCUGGGUGGGCGAGGUAUGAGCGGCGUACCGCGGGCCGGUUCUGCAGAGGAUUGCGUCGGCCGACUGGGCAAAAGCUUGGGAAAACCUUUAAGGGAUGCGAACGGACUCGAUCCUAGUAGUGAGUUAAAUGAACACACAUGCGGGUUUCUGUAUAGGUACACACACAUACACACACAUUCAACGACAAGAAACCUUAAACAACAAGGGAACGAACGAAGACACCCUUUCAGUGCAACAGUGAACUAAUUUGAUGAUUUUUUGCACUUCCUUGUUAGCAGAAAUAGCGUUAAGCAGCAGACAGGUUAGGUAAUGACUGAACUAUGCACAAUGCUUUUUAAAGUUUGAGUGUUUUUCUUUCUUUUUUUUCUCAGUGUGUUCACUUGUUAUAUAUAGUCACUGCAGGAAAUGUGUCCGUCAGUGUCAUGUCUCAUUUUUGUCAAUGUAUAAAACUGUGUUGUUUGCCUCAUCCCAGUGUUUCUGAUCACACAAUUCAACAGCUUUUGUUUUACAGUUAUUAGUACUGUUACAGUAACAUUUUGCAUUUUCCUUUUUGUAAUGAGGUGAGUACUUUCUUCUCAUCCUCAGUGCUCUCUGUGUGUGUGUUUGUUUUUGUGGAGCUACACUUUGGGGACACCGUCGCCUCCAAACGUUUGCUAAAGCUGACCUCCCUUUGGGGACAACAUAUAGGACAAAUCCUAUAUUACAUAUUUGUUUUUUAAUUAAAUAAUUUCUUUUAGAAUUACGGUGUGUGUGUUGGUCAAGUUUUGAUCAAAUGUCCCCACCACAAGGAUAGUAAACCAUUGUGUGAAGCAGGAAAACGGUUUAAUAAACAUACUACAUAAUGUCUUAAUGAAAAUGUCCAAAUGCAGAGGUUUGUGUA